UGGCCUGUUCAGCAUGCCACAGCAGGCCAAUAUCAGACCUGUUCCAGUUCUGUGUGUCCUGAAACUCUGCCCUGGGAGGUGAGUGAAGAAGGUGUCCAGCAAGGACCGAGCUGCGGAGGGAGCUAAGGUGUGCCACUGUCGGCCUUCCAGUUCCAUGCAGGAGGAUGGAGGUCUUCAACGUGUCUGUCCCGCUCAACUUCUCCCUGCCGCCCAACUUCGGCAAGCGCCCCACCGACCUGGCGCUGAGGGUCACCCUGGUGGCCCUGUUGCUCAUCAUGAUGCUCUCGUUGGGCUGCACCAUGGAGUUCAGCAAGAUAAAGGCUCACUUCUGGAAGCCGAAGGGGGUGGCCAUCGCCCUGGUGGCGCAGUAUGGCAUAAUGCCCCUCACUGCCUUUGCACUGGGAAAGGUCUUCCGGCUGAACAACAUCGAGGCACUGGCCAUCCUGAUCUGUGGCUGUUCCCCUGGGGGGAACCUGUCCAACUUAUUCAGCCUGAGCAUGAAGGGCGACAUGAACCUCAGCAUCGUGAUGACCACCUGUUCCACCUUCAUUGCCCUGGGCAUGAUGCCCCUCCUCCUGUACAUUUACUCCAGGGGGAUCUAUGAUGGGGACAUGAAGGACAAGGUACCCUAUGGAAGCAUUGUGUUCUCACUGAUCGUGACUCUCAUUCCUUGCAUCAUAGGGAUCUUCCUCAAAACCAAACGGCCACACUAUGUACCCUACAUCAUCAAGGGAGGAAUGAUCAUCAUGCUUUUGCUCAGCGUGGCCAUCAUAUGGCUGUCUGUCAUCAACGUGGGCAAGAGCAUCAUGUUCGUCAUGACACCUCACUUGUGGCUCACCUCCACCCUGAUGCCUUUCAUCGGCUUCUUGCUGGGGUUCAUCCUCUCCACUCUCGUCCGCCUCAAUGGACAAUGCAGCCGCACUGUCAGCAUGGAGACUGGAUGCCAGAAUGUCCAACUCUGCUCUGCCAUCCUCAAUGUGACCUUCCCCCCUGAAGUCAUUGGACCACUUUUCUUCUUCCCUCUCCUCUACAUGAUUUGCCAGUGUGGAGAAGGGCUUUUCCUCAUUGCCCUCUUCCGGUGCUAUGAUAAAUUCAAGCCUUCCAAGGGUAAAGAGAAAAUGACCUACAUAGCUGCUACAACGGAAGAAACCACUCCAGCCGCUCUGGUAAAUGGCACUGCAUAAAGGGGUUGCUCCCCUUACACAGCCUAGCCUUGCCCAUGGCCUGGAUUCAGGUCAGUGAUUCAGAAGGCUGGUGUGGUAAACU